UGUUUCUUGGAAGGGGUUUGUGAUGCAACGGGAAAUGUUUGAAAAGACAUUUCUUGUAAAGUCCAGACGUCCUAAAAAAGUCAUCUGGACUUGGUUCAGCCCUGGGGGUUACAGGAAGUUGUAGCUGCCAUGUUUAGCUGCUUUGUUGUAGAUUCCUUGUAGGUUUCCUGCAGAUUUUAGCCCAAGUGUUGCAAUGGAACCGAGCUGGAGUACGUUUUUAUUUCAACAGGCCAAUGAGGCUCUGCAUCACCAGCACCAAGUAGCCGGGAACAGCCUGUUGCCUUUGCUUAAUUCUGGAACGGAGCCACCUGAUCAGAAACCGGUGCUGCCCAUUCCCUUGGACCAGAAACCCCCUGUCAGUGCUGCAGAACUUCUUAAAGACAAUGUGGCCAGUGGGACUGGGGGAGGAGGUGGUGGUGGGCCUCUGAUUGCUGUGGUUAAAAAGGAGCCUAAAUCAAAGACGCCCUUCAUCUGUGGCUACUGCAACAAGGCUUUCCGGGACAGCUACCACCUGCGACGGCACGAGUCUUGCCACACCGGCAUCAAGAUGGUUUCGCGGCCUAAGAAGACACAAAGUGCUCCCACCAUGGUGCCGCUCAUAUCCACUGUACCACGUGAGAAUAGUGGAAACACUUCUUACAUUACUACUGUAGCUGGUAUCCUGACUACAGCCACCACAUCAACAUCCACAGGCACUAGUAUCAUGACCCCAAUGCAACACCAACAGCAGCAGAGCAUCCCUAAGAAGCCCCCCAAGCCAGUGAAAAAGAAUCAUGGCUGUGACAUGUGUGGUAAAGCCUUCAGAGAUGUGUAUCACCUUAACCGCCACAAGCUGUCGCACUCUGACGAGAAGCCGUUUGAGUGUCCCAUCUGCCAGCAGAGGUUCAAGAGGAAGGAUCGCAUGACAUACCAUGUCCGCUCCCAUGAUGGUGGAGUUCACAAGCCUUACAUCUGUUCUGUCUGUGGGAAGGGCUUCUCCAGACCUGAUCACCUAAGUUGUCAUGUCAAGCAUGUCCAUUCCUCAGAGAGACCAUUCAAGUGCCAAGUAACGGCCUGUACCUCUGCCUUCGCUACCAAAGACCGUCUGCGCUCCCACAUGAUCAGGCAUGAAGGCAAAGUGACCUGCAACAUCUGUGGCAAAAUGCUAAGUGCUGCCUACAUCACAAGUCACCUCAAGACGCAUGGCCAGGCCAGCUUCAGCAACCCAUGUAACAAUAAAGGCAUAAGUGACUGGCAGUGGAACCACUCAGGGCCACGAAAAGGUGAGUUGACGGUAGGAGAGAUUUUAAAUAACUCCUUCCAAGUCCUAAUUGACAACUCUCACAAAGAUGCCAACAGCGUGCACAACAACUCGGCCACCACGACGCCAGUCACAAACUCGGCAGCCAUCACUUCAGCUGUGAACCGUGGUGGCAAUGCCAGCAACCCCGUCACUAUCGCUGCUCAGAUGAACAUCGCCACCAGCACGGUCAACAUCACGUCACCGGUCAACCUGCAGCACCCUGUCACCAUUACAGGGCCUGUGAACCUGGCCUCUGUCAACAUCCCUACAACGGCACACAUGAAUAUCGCGCACCCAGUUGCUAUAACCACUCCCAUGCCCAUGAAUAUCACUGGGCCACUCAACAUUGCCAUGAGACCCAUGGAGAGCAUGCCUUUUCUAUCCCAAGUUUUGCCUUCCUCACCUCCUUGGUAGAGCUUUUUAGCUCAUGUAACAGCAGAUAAUGUUUUAACUGCCUAAUAAUCGAUGAGCCUGUCAUAUCAAUGGCCCUCUGAAUGGGUUGAUAGUGCAUUACAUUUGAAAAGCUGAUAACUAAUAAAAUACAAACACAUAGAUAGUAAACAAUGAUUGUUACUUGCAGGAAUCCUUAUUAUGUCAUAAUUUAGCAUUUAUUUGUAUUUGUAGUUGUUGUACAGCUGUCGUUGCUUGAUCUAAGUAUGGAGCUCGUUCAUGUGAUAACAGGUGAAUAUAUGGGGUGGGAUGGAGUGGAGGAUUGUAACCCCUGUGUCUGUUCAAAGAUGGUCUUUAGCACCAGAUGCGAUUGGCCUCCACUCUCAAUCUGCUGAUCCAGACCACGAUACACAGUUGAAAGCUCUGAAAAAGCUAGCAGGUGGUACUAAAUUUCAGUUUAUUUUGUCAAACUCAUAUCUCCAAAGUCAAGAAUAAAUUCUCACGCUCAGAUAGAUAUUGAAUUUGUUACCUCUUGACUGCCCUUACCUGCAUGGUGUCACAGACAACAGAGCAUUUUAGAUAACUUCUUUCACAUGUCAACAUGACGUGACCCCAUGGGCUACAGUUAUUCUUUGUAAAUAAUGACCAUUUUAUACCAAAGAUUUUCUAAGAAUAGUUUUUCCCACUGAAUUAUAUAUUUUGAAUGAUUAAUGGAAAACCUUUUAAACCAUCAAGGGAGAAAUAUUUUUCUUUUGAAAGUCAGAAUAAUGAAAUUAGUGAAGCAGCCACCCCUCAUUCCCCUUUUUACUACCACCACUGAAACUGUUAUGGGAGGGGUGGCUUUGGGACUUUGUCUGAUGGACUAAUUUUACAGUAGAUGCCAACAUGUACUGGUGCUUACCCAGUUUAUGUUCAAAUGUUGCAUCUUUCCCAAUACCCAUUAUGUUAUUGCAAUAAUAAUUCUACCUUUUGCAGCAUUUUAAUGCGAUAAUGUGUAUAUUAAUGUUAAACUGCUUGCAGCACUGAUGAGCAGGUUUCAUUACAUUUUCAAACCAAAAGAGUAUUUUCUUCCACUUCAACAUGAUUUAAAUUAUUGGGCAGUUAUAACAUUUUCAGAUGCUACAUGUUCAUCCAUAUUUUAUUUGUAGUUAUCCUUGCUUACCCCUUUUUACCAACUUGGGCAGUUUGUUUGACUAUGACAGAUAGUUGAGGGUUAGCUGGCUCAUUGCAGCAGUGUUGGCAGUAAACACAUCAUACGCUGUGGAGAGGCAAACACUCUUAGAGCCCUUUUCAGAAAUUCUUUCGUAUCUGUUUAGCCACUGAAGGACAGUGUUGGUCUUGUAAAAGUGACCAGUUGAAAAUGAUUUCUUCAACUGGGUGUCUGAGUUAAAACAUGGGUGAUGCGUGAUACCUUACUAUACCUUAGGCAUUGUUAAACAACUCCUUAAAUGGAAAUGUAUUGCCAGAGUUGUUCUUAAAUGCUUCCUCUUGAGGAAAUUUUGUUUCAUGUUCUUUUUUUUCCUAUUGUCAUUUUAGUGGACUUAUCAGUAUUUAAUAGUUAAUGUAUUUUAAAGUUCAAGUACAAAAAAAACAAAGCUUCCAUUCGGGGGGAGGGUGAGUGAUAUUGUGGAUUUCACUGAUGGUUAAGAGGCUGUUUAGAUCCAUCAACCAUUAACUCCCUGCAUAACUGUAUUUUAAAAUUGCUGGAAACCAGUCACUCCUCACUGCUGGAUAUUCUACACACGUUUAUCUGUGACAUUUGUUUAGAAUUUUUUUUAUGUAUUUAUAUCUGGACAUGACAGUUGAAGGUACAGCUAAGAGGAAAUGUCUCGUACUGAAUGCAUGUCCCCUAGGUUUUGCCCUUAAAAUGGCAGUAUUCUCAAAUUCAAAUGAUUUUAAAUUUCGAUUACUGAGGACUUUUUAACUGUAGAGGUCAAAAGAGCAACACAGUGUCCCAUUCGACUCUGUGCUACAAAAGCAGUCCCAGAGUUACCUAUUGUGGUAUGUUCAGUUGGCUAGAUCGUUUACUUUAGCAGGUAUAGGAUCCCAUCGCUGUCAGUCAAACUCAGGAAGGUUACUGAGAAUAGUCUUUCACAACCAUGUUCAACAAUUUACACUGACCAUUUCUUUGUAAAUAUGAAACACUAUUUUAUUGCCUUUUACCUGUGGGAGAGCGAACCUCUCUACUUACCACAGGCCAGCAAUGCAAGACCUAUAUCACCACUGAUGUGGCCGUCCAUCCUGGAGAGGACAGAGAAAGUAGUAGAGAUUAAUUAAAGGAUAGGAUUGGUGUCAGUUUCUUUUUGUUAUCAGCAAAUCCCAUAAAAGGCCAAAAACCAACAAUUAAACCUACUAACAGUUAACAUCUGUCAAGAUAUGGCUUGAUAUAGCUUAUGCUUCCAAUAGUGUAGAACGCCAUCGCUGUCCAAAAACUAAUGCAAAUACUUGAAGGAGCCAUACCAUUGAAUUGGUUGACAUACUUCUUAUUGAGAUGAACACUUGAUUGUAUCUUAUUCCCCUCAGACUGUCAGACCAACAAAGAAGUGAAAACCCAAAACUACUUGCCAGCGCAUUUCAUCUGCUCCACAAGGUGCUACUCUUCAGUUACUAAAAGCCACAGAAUUCUUGCAGAAUACACACUGCUCAUGUUAUUUUAUUGAAGGAAACCUGUCACACAGUGCAGCGGUUUGGCUCGUUUGUAUUUUUAUUAGUUUUUUGAAAACAGAGUUCUAUGACACAGGGUUAGUAAUAUCAGGCUGUAGCUAAACAGGUCAGAACUGUCAUCAGGAGUAACCCGUUGGUUAAAGCUUCUUCAGGGAAACUGUCAGUUAUAAGACAAAAGAUAAUUCCAGCCUUAUCCUUUUUAAUCUGAAUUUUCUCUGUAGAUCUCACUUGCAUAGCUCAUUGUUUAUUUGUAAUUGUUAUUUUAUUGUUUUUUAUCCUGGCAGUUUAUCUUUACUGGAAAAUUGAGGCUGUGAUCACAAAGGAGGAGAUGUUUUUCUGUUCAAAGCUCAGGUGUACCUGAAAGAGCGAGAUGUCAGAGUUGAAGUAGCAUUAUUCAUGUUGCCAAGCAACACAAGGGUUGACAACUUGCAACCCUGUAAACUCAGUGACAAGUAUAUAUGUAACCUUGCCACUAUAAUUUACAGACCUACACCUCUCCGUGUGUGUGGGUAUUUGUAUACAUGUUGCUGCAUAAAUGAGUGCAUGUAACAAUUCUAUUUUCAUACAUGCCUUUUGGUUUGAACAUCAAGACUGUGGAACCCCUGCCCCUUUUCAGUGGCAACCACAGAGGUAAACAGUGAAUGGGCCAGAAAACAAGACACCUCUAUCAAAACUUGGGUAGGGGGUCACUCACUACAUGACUUUGGGAGACAUUUAGUGGGUUGGGCCACUGCAAAAUCACCAGUCCUGUUACAUUGAGACAGCUAAGACUACAUUGUGAUGCACAAAGACAAAUAUCAGAAGAAAAUAUGAAUUCUUGCCACUCCUGUCAACUCAAACAAAGCUGUUUGGUCCAGUGAAUCAUCUCAAUCAGGGAUGAACGGUCUAAUGAAUCCUGAUUCCGCUUGUACUCCAUAAUGGAGUACAGUCUUUUUGUGUGGCACAAACAAGUACAUGUACUCAUUGUUCACUCGGCUGACAUAAAUAGGAUCCUGAAAGUGGACACUUUGAUGGCAGAGCAGAGCUUAAUGUCACAGCAGAUGAAGGUCUUCCAUUCGCCUCUUUACUUCAACCUACAGCCAGAUCUCUCUCACAAAAAUCUAUCUUGGGUGUAUCCAUGUAGUCUCGAUGCCAUGACUCAGAAAUGGGGAUAAAUGCUCUUGCUUUGAGCCAGUCUCUCCUUGAAGACAUUCAUGGUGCCACACUUGGUUGUUCACAUGAAAAGUGACAGAAGUAGUUGUGUGAAAUAUGAAGUUUUUAGAUGCUGUUACACGAUCUCGACACCUUCCGUUAAUGGAGCACAGGGAGAAAAAUUGCAUAAAAAAGUUAACUUUAUCUUCCGAUAGCUCUACCUAUAGUCCCCGUGUUAGGACUGUGAAGUGGCUCAAGUUGAGAGUUUGUUGAACUUGAACAAAUUGAAACAAGUUUACAGGACACACUAGGUCCAGAAUUCCACUUGAAUAGAUUUGAGUGUUGUGCUUGUCACGAUCAAGCCCAUGGACAGUGACUGGUCAAAGGAGUGAACAUGUUAACAAGUCUCUUUUGUGAUCUCAGCCCCAACAGUUCCUGCACCAGGCUCGCAUACUGUCCCACAGUUCCCUGGCUGUGUGUGUGUGAAUUAGUUUGUAGAUGUGAAGCCUGUUUGUAGUUAAGGGCCUUAUUUCAGUGCAGGGACUCUGAAGCACUUGCAGCAAACUGUAGGAUGUGCACACUACAGAAGAGUGGUACUUAACAAGGGCAUUUCAGUUUGAUGGAAUGAGACAAUGAUUGGUGUUUGUUUUACAGCUCACCUGACCACAUCUGCAUUUUGGCAGCCCAGAUGUUUGGCCCAUUAAUUUCACUGUAUGCAUGCCUACUCUGUAAACCAAGGGAAAUGCUCUAGUUUGGAAUGGCAUUAUGAUCUUUGAAAUUGAUUCAUUUCCCAUCUUUAAUUUUUUUUUCUCCAAUGUUGCAUGUGGAUGACUGAGCUUGUCCCGAGUAGGUUUGAGUUCAACAACCAUUAUUAGAAGGCUAGCGACUUUUUAUGAAAAAGAAAACACUAAAAAAAAUUAGGAUGAAAGGAAGUGUGUGGCGUCAUUUGUCCUUCUCCAGUGGCCGUAAACAAGUGUGCCUGAAAUACUUUGCAAGACUUUUCCACACGAUGAUGCUUCCUGCUCUAGAUGUGCUGUGUGAUGGAAUAGUUUUGUGAAGGAAGCCUUCAUCAGUUCAGACGGCCAAGGGCCCCACAGGUCUGGCAACCAAACUACUUUGUGAUUAGCUUUUUGUUUUUAUUCUUUGUAAACCUAAUGAUUGUGAAGUUAUCAUAUUGUACUUCAGGAACAACCUUGAAACAUGGAUUGAGAUCUUCAUUUAAGUCAAGGUCGUGUAAAUUUAUCAGUGACAUUUAACCAUGUGGUUUAAGUUUUUAAUUUGACUCCAACCUAAUGUGAAAAACAAAACAUUUAUUUGGCCAAAUAAUGAUUUGGAAGAUGAUUUUUUUUUUUUUUUUUUAAUUUUCUGUGAAGUUUGUAUGAUGAAUUUGGCAGAUGUGAAGGCAAAUGAAUGUAUAUCUUUGUACAAACCAUUUAGUUCAGAGGACAUGUUAGUUAUGACAGACACAUGCAAGAAGAAAAUAACCUUUUAUAAAUCUUUUUGUAUUAGAACAUUAACAAUGGUAAUUUUUGUAUAUACGAAGGCUAGGCUUUCUGAUUAGCAGAAAGGUACAACAUUCCUACAUUUUUUUUAAAUGUAUGUCCAUUGAGAAUAAUUAUGUAAACAUGAGCAAUGUUUUAUGUGCCUUUUAUUUGGGUUUGUCUAAAUAAAAGAAAACAAUAAAACAUGAUUGUGGACUGUCCAUGCUGAGUGCCAUAGAGGAAAGUCAGUACUGUCCAUCUCACCUGAAUCUCCGGACUGACCCACAUACCCCCACCCCCCGCACUCAAGACACUCGUCUAGAUCAGGGGAGAUGUACUCUCUUCUGGUUUUAGUUGCUUUUCCUAGCUUUAGCUGAGGUUUCUGGAAUGCCAAGAUGGUUCCUGAAGUCCCCGGUGUGUAUGGGUGUUUCUGAUCUCCAGGCUCCUCUGUCUUCAUCGGCUCACUGGCUCACAGUUGGCCUGCUCAUGACGAAAGUGCCUCUGUGACAUUGCUUAUCAGAGUGGACUGUUGGGGAUUUUGUGCCAAAUCAUGGUCUGUAUGUGACAACAAAAACAUUUCGGUGUUUUUUCAUUCUUUAACUAUUAAACCUUGGAAAACGUU